AGGAAAAAUCGCAAAUCAAUUAUCUUGUGUUUAUUUUGUAGGCAUGGAAGAAUUUAUUGCCCAACAAUUUCUGGAAGUACAGAACAAGUCAGCAAUAAAUAAUGUCUUCAUUGUUGGGUUGAGGAUCCACCAAAGCUUCAGACUUGUCUUUUUCAGCCUGUUCACGGUCACCUAUGCUGUGACAUUGACUUGCAACCUCUUGAUCAUCUUGUUGGUGUUUUUCUCUAAACUUUCUGGUUCUCCUAUGUAUGUGCUCCUCUCCAACCUCUCACUGUCGGAGAUCUUGCUCACCACCAACAUUGUGCCCCCCAUGCUCCAUAUCUUACUUAGAAACGGCACUUAUUUUUCUCUUAUUGGCUGUCUCACACAGUUUUUCUUAUUUGGUGUGUUUCUCGUUACGGAAUGUUUCCUCCUCUCAGCAAUGUCUUAUGAUAGAUAUCUGGCCAUCUGCAAACCUCUUCAUUACGCAAUGAUUAUGGGUCCCGGGUUGUGUAUUUGCCUGACCCUUGCCUGCUGGGCCAUGUCAACUCUACUCAUGUCCAUUGCUUUAAGUUUUGUGGCAACUUUGGAUUUUUGUAAAAACAAUAUUAUUGACCAUUUCUAUUGUGACGUUAUUCCAAUAUUGCAGCUGUCUUGUUCUGACACUUCCACCGUUGAAAUGGUUGUGUCUUACCUUUCAUCUGCAGCCACUAUGUUCCCUCUCCUUGUGAUCAUAUCUACUUAUGGGUUUAUCAUCCGAGCCAUCGCUAGAAUCUCAUCAUCCAAGGGAAAGAAGAAAGCCUUCUCCACCUGCAGCUCCCACCUGGGAGUUGUCUCUACAUAUUAUACCACCAUGAUUUUGGUCUAUGUGGUUCCAUCCGGUCAUUCUGUGAUAAUGAACAAAGUCCUAUCACUGCUCUACACGGUGGUCACCCCACUAAUGAACCCUUUUAUUUACACCCUGAGAAACCAAGAGAUCAAUGCAGCUAUAAGACAAACCUUGUCAUCCAUAACCAGAUCCUGAACAAUUGUUAGUCCAUUUAAAGGUAAAUUGGACAGAGUAUCCAAACCUCAUUUAACCCCUUCAUGUCGACUGUACGCAAAUAUGUGUCCCUGCUGGACUGGGCUUUUCCCCAUGUCU